AUGAGGGAUUCGUGGGGCUCAUAUUUUCUUGAUGUGUUCCCCCAUCUGUCUCUUCCCUUGCUCACUAUGGUGCGCAUCAGACACGUGCGCACACAGGGCAUGUACCAGAUGCUAGACGAGGGAUUCGUGGGGCUCAUAUUUUCUGCCUUCAACCGAGCCUCCUCGCAUGCCCAGGCGGGUCAGUUGCAGGCAGUGGCGUUUCAGUCUGUCUCGGCACGCGACAAGGAGCAGCGAUCACGACACACCCUGGCACGGGGGCAGUGGGCGCAGCUGGGCACCAAGAGAGAGCACUCCUCGCACCCCUCUGUUUCAGACCUUGAGCCUCAGGAGCUGGCAGUGGUGCUGGCUGCCGUGGAUGAUGACGUCCCAUCCUCCGACUUCACAGCAUGGGAGGUGCCAAUAAAGGCCCACUCACACGCAUAUGCUCAUUGCCCACUCACACGCAUAUGCCCAUUGCCCACUCACACGCAUAUGCCCAUUGCCCAUCACACGCAUAUGCCCAUUGCCCACUCACACGCAUAUGCCCAUUGCCCACUCACACGCAUAUGCCCAUUGCCCAUCACACGCAUAUGCCCAUUGCCCACUCACACGCAUAUGCCCAUUGCCCACUCACACGCAUAUGCCCAUUGCCCACUCACACGCAUAUGCCCAUUGCCCACUCACACGCAUAUGCCCAUUGCCCACUCACACGCAUAUGCCCAUUGCCCAUCACACGCAUAUGCCCAUUGCCCACUCACACGCAUAUGCCCAUUGCCCACUCACACGCAUAUGCCCAUUGCCCACUCACACGCAUAUGCCCAUUGCCCACUCACACGCAUAUGCCCAUUGCCCACUCACACGCAUAUGCCCAUUGCCCACUCACACGCAUAUGCCCAUUGCCCACUCACACGCAUAUGCCCAUUGCCCACUCACACGCAUAUGCCCAUUGCCCAUCACACGCAUAUGCCCAUUGCCCACUCACACGCAUAUGCCCAUUGCCCACUCACACGCAUAUGCCCAUUGCCCAUCACACACAUAUGCCCGUUGCCCACUCACACGCAUAUGCCCAUUGCCCAUCACACACAUAUGCCCAUUGCCCACUCACACGCAUAUGCCCAUUGCCCAGCACACGCAUAUGCCCAUUGCCCACUCACACGCAUAUGCCGAUUUGCCCACUCACACGCAUAUGCCCAUUGCCCACUCACACGCAUAUGCCCAUUGCCCACUCACACGCAUAUGCCCAUUGCCCACUCACACGCAUAUGCCCAUUGCCCACUCACACGCAUAUGCCCAUUGCCCACUCACACACAUAUGGCCAUUGCCCACUCACACGCAUAUGCCCAUUGCCCACUCACACGCAUAUGCCCAUUGCCCAUCACACGCAUAUGCCCAUCGCCCACUCACACGCAUAUGCCCAUCGCCCACUCACACGCAUAUGCCCAUUGCCCACUCACACGCAUAUGCCCAUUGCCCACUCACACGCAUAUGCACAUUGCCCACUCACACGCAUAUGCCCAUUGCCCACUCACACGCAUAUGCCCAUUGCCCACUCACACGCAUAUGCCCAUUGCCCAUCACACGCAUAUGCCCAUUGCCCAUCACACGCAUAUGCCCAUUGCCCACUCACACGCAUAUGCCCAUUGCCCACUCACACGCAUAUGCCCAUCGCCCACUCACACGCAUAUGCCCAUCGCCCACUCACACGCAUAUGCCCAUUGCCCACUCACACGCAUAUGCCCAUUGCCCACUCACACGUAUAUGCCCAUUGCCCACUCACACGCAUAUGCCCAUUGCCCACUCACACGCAUAUGCCCAUUGCCCACUCACACGCAUAUGCCCAUUGCCCACUCACACGCAUAUGCCCAUUGCCCACUCACACGCAUAUGCCCAUUGCCCACUCACACGCAUAUGCCCAUUGCCCAUCACACGCAUAUGCCCAUUGCCCAUCACACGCAUAUGCCCGUUGCCCACUCACACGCAUAUGCCCGUUGCCCACUCACACGCAUAUGCCCAUUGCCCACUCACACGCAUAUGCCCAUUGCCCACUCACACGCAUAUGCCCAUUGCCCACUCACACGCAUAUGCCCAUUGCCCAUCACACGCAUAUGCCCAUUGCCCACUCACACGCAUAUGCCCAUUGCCCACUCACACGCAUAUGCCCAUUGCCCAUCACACACAUAUGCCCGUUGCCCACUCACACGCAUAUGCCCAUUGCCCAUCACACACAUAUGCCCAUUGCCCACUCACACGCAUAUGCCCAUUGCCCAGCACACGCAUAUGCCCAUUGCCCACUCACACGCAUAUGCCGAUUUGCCCACUCACACGCAUAUGCCCAUUGCCCACUCACACGCAUAUGCCCAUUGCCCACUCACACGCAUAUGCCCAUUGCCCACUCACACGCAUAUGCCCAUUGCCCACUCACACGCAUAUGCCCAUUGCCCACUCACACACAUAUGGCCAUUGCCCACUCACACGCAUAUGCCCAUUGCCCACUCACACGCAUAUGCCCAUUGCCCAUCACACGCAUAUGCCCAUCGCCCACUCACACGCAUAUGCCCAUCGCCCACUCACACGCAUAUGCCCAUUGCCCACUCACACGCAUAUGCCCAUUGCCCACUCACACGCAUAUGCACAUUGCCCACUCACACGCAUAUGCCCAUUGCCCACUCACACGCAUAUGCCCAUUGCCCACUCACACGCAUAUGCCCAUUGCCCAUCACACGCAUAUGCCCAUUGCCCAUCACACGCAUAUGCCCAUUGCCCACUCACACGCAUAUGCCCAUUGCCCACUCACACGCAUAUGCCCAUCGCCCACUCACACGCAUAUGCCCAUCGCCCACUCACACGCAUAUGCCCAUUGCCCACUCACACGCAUAUGCCCUUUGCCCACUCACACGUAUAUGCCCAUUGCCCACUCACACGCAUAUGCCCAUUGCCCACUCACACGCAUAUGCCCAUUGCCCACUCACACGCAUAUGCCCAUUGCCCACUCACACGCAUAUGCCCAUUGCCCACUCACACGCAUAUGCCCAUUGCCCACUCACACGCAUAUGCCCAUUGCCCAUCACACGCAUAUGCCCAUUGCCCAUCACACGCAUAUGCCCGUUGCCCACUCACACGCAUAUGCCCGUUGCCCACUCACACGCAUAUGCCCAUUGCCCACUCACACGCAUAUGCCCAUUGCCCACUCACACGCAUAUGCCCAUUGCCCACUCACACGCAUAUGCCCGUUGCCCACUCACACGCAUAUGCCCAUUGCCCAUCACACGCAUAUGCCCAUUGCCCAUCACACGCAUAUGCCCAUUGCCCAUCACACGCAUAUGCCCAUUGCCCAUCACACGCAUAUGCCCAUUGCCCAUCACACGCAUAUGCCCAUUGCCCAUCACACGCAUAUGCCCAUUGCCCACUCACACGCAUAUGCCCAUUGCCCACUCACACGCAUAUGCCCAUUGCCCACUCACACGCAUAUGCCCAUUGCCCACUCACACGCAUAUGCCCAUUGCCCAUCACACGCAUAUGCCCAUUGCCCAUCACACGCAUAUGCCCAUUGCCCACUCACACGCAUAUGCCCAUUGCCCAUCACACGCAUAUGCCCAUUGCCCAUCACACGCAUAUGCCCAUUGCCCACUCACACGCAUAUGCCCAUUGCCACUCACACGCAUAUGCCCAUUGCCCAUCACACGCAUAUGCCCAUCGCCCACUCACACGCAUAUGCCCAUCGCCCACUCACACGCAUAUGCCCAUCGCCCACUCACACGCAUAUGCCCAUUGCCCACUCACACGUAUAUGCCCAUUGCCCACUCACACGCAUAUGCCCAUUGCCCAUCACACGCAUAUGCCCAUUGCCCAUCACACGCAUAUGCCCAUUGCCCACUCACACGCAUAUGCCCAUUGCCCACUCACACGCAUAUGCCCAUUGCCCACUCACACGCAUAUGCCCAUUGCCCACUCACACGCAUAUGCCCGUUGCCCACUCACACGCAUAUGCCCGUUGCCCACUCACACGCAUAUGCCCAUUGCCCACUCACACGCAUAUGCCCAUUGCCCACUCACACGCAUAUGCCCGUUGCCCACUCACACGCAUAUGCCCAUUGCCCAUCACACGCAUAUGCCCAUUGCCCACUCACACGCAUAUGCCCAUUGCCCACUCACACGCAUAUGCCCAUUGCCCAUCACACACAUAUGCCCAUUGCCCACUCACACGCAUAUGCCCAUUGCCCACUCACACGCAUAUGUCCAUUGCCCACUCACACACAUAUGGCCAUUGCCCACUCACACGCAUAUGCCCAUUGCCCACUCACACGCAUAUGCCCAUUGCCCACUCACACGCAUAUGCCCAUUGCCCAUCACACGCAUAUGCCCAUUGCCCACUCACACGCAUAUGCCCAUUGCCCACUCACACGCAUAUGCCCAUUGCCCACUCACACGCAUAUGCCCAUUGCCCAUCACACGCAUAUGCCCGUUGCCCAUCACACGCAUAUGCCCGUUGCCCACUCACACGCAUAUGCCCGUUGCCCACUCACACGCAUAUGCCCGUUGCCCACUCACACGCAUAUGCCCGUUGCCCACUCACACGCAUAUGCCCGUUGCCCACUCACACGCAUAUGCCCGUUGCCCACUCACACGCAUAUGCCCGUUGCCCACUCACACGCAUAUGCCCAUUGCCCACUCACACGCAUAUGCCCAUUGCCCACUCACACGCAUAUGCCCAUUGCCCACUCACACGCAUAUGCCCAUUGCCCACUCACACGCAUAUGCCCAUUGCCCAUCACACGCAUAUGCCCAUUGCCCAUCACACGCAUAUGCCCAUCGCCCAUCACACGCAUAUGCCCAUCGCCCACUCACACGCAUAUGCCCAUUGCCCACUCACACGCAUAUGCCCAUUGCCCACUCACACGUAUAUGCCCAUUGCCCACUCACACGCAUAUGCCCAUUGCCCACUCACAUGCAUAUGCCCAUUGCCCAUCACACGCAUAUGCCCAUUGCCCACUCACACGCAUAUGCCCAUUGCCCACUCACACGCAUAUGCCCAUUGCCCACUCACACGCAUAUGCCCAUUGCCCACUCACACGCAUAUGCCCAUUGCCCACUCACACGCAUAUGCCCAUUGCCCACUCACACGCAUAUGCCCAUUGCCCACUCACACGCAUAUGCCCAUUGCCCACUCACACGCAUAUGCCCAUUGCCCACUCACACGCAUAUGCCCAUUGCCCACUCACACGCAUAUGCCCAUUGCCCACUCACACGCAUAUGCCCAUUGCCCACUCACACGCAUAUGCCCAUUGCCCACUCACACGCAUAUGCCCAUUGCCCACUCACACGCAUAUGCCCAUUGCCCACUCACACGCAUAUGCCCAUUGCCCACUCACACGCAUAUGCCCGUUGCCCACUCACACGCAUAUGCCCGUUGCCCACUCACACGCAUAUGCCCAUUGCCCACUCACACGCAUAUGCCCAUUGCCCACUCACACGCAUAUGCCCAUUGCCCACUCACACGCAUAUGCCCAUUGCCCACUCACACGCAUAUGCCCAUUGCCCACUCACACGCAUAUGCCCAUUGCCCACUCACACGCAUAUGCCCAUUGCCCAUCACACGCAUAUGCCCAUUGCCCACUCACACGCAUAUGCCCAUUGCCCACUCACACGCAUAUGCCCAUCGCCCACUCACACGCAUAUGCCCAUCGCCCACUCACACGCAUAUGCCCAUCGCCCACUCACACGCAUAUGCCCAUUGCCCACUCACACGCAUAUGCCCAUUGCCCACUCACACGCAUAUGCCCAUUGCCCAUCACACGCAUAUGCCCAUUGCCCAUCACACGCAUAUGCCCAUUGCCCAUCACACGCAUAUGCCCAUUGCCCACUCACACGCAUAUGCCCAUUGCCCACUCACACGCAUAUGCCCAUUGCCCACUCACACGCAUAUGCCCAUUGCCCACUCACACGCAUAUGCCCAUUGCCCACUCACACGCAUAUGCCCAUUGCCCACUCACACGCAUAUGCCCAUUGCCCACUCACACGCAUAUGCCCAUUGCCCACUCACACGCAUAUGCCCAUUGCCCACUCACACGCAUAUGCCCAUUGCCCACUCACACGCAUAUGCCCAUUGCCCACUCACACGCAUAUGCCCAUUGCCUACUCACACGCAUAUGCCCAUUGCCCACUCACACGCAUAUGCCCAUUGCCUACUCACACGCACAUCCUAUGCGGUUGAAGCAGGAGGAGCAGGCGCGCACCUCUCAAAGGCGAAACCACGUUCAGGAACAGUUCAUAGUGCACCCAUCUGCUGUGGCACCCGUGACUGCAGCUGUAGCACAUUCACCACCUCCAGCUCAUCCUCAUCGGUCUGUAGUGCAAAAGCCAACUGAUGUGCACAAGUCAGCUGUAGCACACAACCCGGCUGUAGCGCAUGUUCUGGGCAGUGUGCUGUCUCCAGUGCAUGUAGGGAUGCAGAAGCUGCAGCAGGCUGAGCAGCAGCGGCAGAUGGAGAAGCAGCAGCAGCAGGCCGAGAAGCAGAGGCAGCUAGAGAAGCAGCAGAGGCAGCAGCAACGAAGGCAGGCAGAGAAGCGACAGCAGCAGCCGCAGCAGCUGCAGCUGCAGACUGGUCAGGAAGGGAGGGAAGGAGGGAGAGCAGGGGCGGGGACGGCAGCAGUUGACUACAUGGCACAGUUGAGUGCUCUGCACGUCUCCUCCCCUCACUCUCCCAUCGCCUCCUCUCCACCUCCCAUGUCCUCUUCUCAACCUGCUCCUGUGACAACUGGUGUGAGAUCUGGCACAGAAGCAACACCAAUGCCUGUCGUAUCAAGGUCUGUUGGACCUUUCACUCGGGACACGCGCACACAGGCAGGGGGGCCUGCAAAACGGCAUUCUGGCAACUCCAGUCAUUCCAGGGAAACAGGGCAGGCGAUGGGGCAGGUGCAGGCCUCACGGCGUGAUGCCCCUGCACGAGGCGACAGGGCAGGUGUUUCUGGUGAAGGUGAUUCUGGUGAAGGGGAUUCUGUUGAAGGUGGUUCUGGUGAAGGUGGUUCUGGUGAAGGUGGUUCUGGUGAAGGUGGUUCUGGUGACGAUGAAGAUGCUGCAUUGGCGGCGCACCUCAAGGCAGUGCUGGCAACAGUGUUGGGCGAGUUUCGUGAUGUGGACACCACAGAAGCGGUGUCGCAGAUUGCGGAGCUCUGCCAACUGCUCUCAGUCACAGACCCGCACUGCCUUCCCAGCGCCGUGACUCACCUGUCCACGCGCGCAUGGCACUGUGAGCAGCUGCUGCAGCGCAUGCAGCAGACGCAGGCAAACCUAGAGGCGAGGCAGCAGCAGGUCGCUGCUCUGGCUGAGUGCAUCGAGAGCUGGAAGGCGCAGCUGCCAUCGGACGAUGACAUCAGCAGGGCCACUGAUGACGUGGCGGACAGGACCAGAAGAACAGCCCACGAGCAGCAGCAGCUGAGCCUGCAGCGAUCCGCCGCGCAGGGUUCACUAGAGGCUGCGGGGUACUGUGCUGAUGUGGACAUGGCCGCCCUGCUACAGCUGGCAGCGGAGGUGCAGGGGGAGGAGGAGGAGGUGGGGCGGUUGCAGCAGGACCUGGCGAUCUACUCCGACUUGCCCACGGUACAAUGUGGUGUGGACAUCACUCUGGCCCGCUCGCACCUGCAGAAGGAGAGAGCGCGCCUUAGGGCCUUGUCUCGGAAGCUGGAGGUGUGGAGCAUGGGGGAGGAGGUGGAGGGAGAGGAGGGAGAAGAGGGAGAGGAGGGAGAGGGGUACGAGCAUCAAUCUCCUGGGGAAGGAAGGAGGAUGGGGGCUGAUGGUCCGGAGAGGGAGGGAGGAGGAGAAAUCCUAGGCAUGGAGUGUGGGGGAGGAGGAGGAUUUGAUAGAGGAGGGAGAGGGGUACGGGCAUCAGUCUCCCGGGGAGGGAGGGAGGAUGGGGAGGUGGGGCGUGGGGCGGCAAGGGGAGGGGCAUGCGGGCGUGGAGCGGUCUCCUGGCAAGUGAGUGAGGCGACACAGGGGCCGUGCCCAUGUGGGUACCCAUGCUGGCCUGACAGGCAGGCACACACCUGCUUCACCCCUCCCCUUCCUGCCUCUGGAAACGAGAUGCCCUCACCACCUUCCCCGUCCCCUUGGAGAGGGAGUGAGGUGACACAAGGGCCCUGCCCACAUGCCCCUGCAGGGCCAACAAUCAGCCUUACCAGAGCAUCGUCCCUCCCCUUCCUGCCUCUGGAAACGAGAUGCCCCGACCACCUUCCCUGUUGUCUUGGAGAGAGAGUGAGGCGACACAGGGGCCCUGCCCACAUGCCCCUGCAGAACCAGGCUGACAGUCAGACUCCAAAGGGGAUUAUCAUCCCUCCCCUUCCUGCCUCUGAAAUCGUGACACCCUCACCACCUUCUCUGUUCCCUUUGGCUGACAGACCUGGCAGGCCGGAAUGUGAUGGCAGAGGAGGCAGGUGGGAGGGGUUGGAUGCGGUGGAGUGCGGUGAGUGGCUGCAGCUGAGGGAUUGGGUGCAGUGGGGUGAGAUGGGCCUGGCUGCUUCCAGGUGCGAUGUGGGGGAGGCGCAACUGGGGGAGGGGUGGGCCAGGGGAGACGGGGAUGGGAGGGAGGGUGAGUGGGAGGAGAGGGGUGUGGGGGAGGAGAAGCAGGAGGAAGGGGAGGAGGCGGAAGAGGCAGGGGAGGAGGAAGUGGAGGAGUGGGGGAAUGAUGAAUUGAAGGAAUAG